AUGUUCUUGACUCGCAUAAAACAUAUUUUUUCUCAGCCGUUUUUUCAACGCGCGAUUUCUUCGCCGCCUUUUGCUACAAUAUUUGUGAAACAAAUAUCAAAUACCACAAUCUCUUCAACAAAGACGCGUCCCCAUACCUUUAAUAUCAAUAACAGUAAUACAACGCUAAUUACUCGUUAUUAUGCUAGUGAGUCACAAAACACCGAUAAACCAAAGAAAAAGGAAAUUAGGGCGAGAAGAGCAUUAUUUUAUGUACCAGGAAGCGAAGAACGAAAGAUUAGUCGGUCGAGAACAACACCAGCCGACUGUAUAGUUUAUGAUCUAGAGGAUGGUGUUGCGUUUAAUAGAAAAGGAAUUGCAAGGGAAAUGGUAUUUGAUACUUUAGAGGCUUCUGUACCAGAAUUAUCAGAAAAAGCAGUUAGAAUUAAUGCUGUUGGUUCAGGGCUUGAUUUAGAUGACUUGAAUGUAGUUCUUCGAUCAAGCCGUCUACAAGCAAUAGUAAUUCCUAAAGUACAAACGCCCAAAGAUAUUCAGUUUGUGAGUCGAAUGAUUGAUUCGGUAGCUACGGAUACAACGAAAUCUGCUAUUCGUCUGAUCGCAUCGAUUGAAAGUGCACUAGGAAUAAUGAAUAUCAAAGAAAUUGCUACGUCUGAUCCUCGACUGGAUGCUUUAAUAUUUGCAGCUGAAGAUUAUUGUGCAGAUCUAGGGUUAAUUCGUACUUCGUCACGGAAAGAGCUUGCAUAUGCACGUCAUGUCAUAGUGACGGCUGCAUCUGCGUACGAUUUACAAGCAAUAGAUCUGGUUUGUCUCGAUUAUAAUGAUGACACAAUCUUAACGGAGGAAUGUCGGGAAGGGAGAGAAAUGGGGUUUGUUGGAAAGCAAGCUAUUCAUCCACGUCAAGUUGAUAUAAUACAACAAACAUUUUUACCGGACGAUAAAGAUAUCAGCCGGGCAGCACGAAUCAUUCAAGGAUUCAAACAUCACACCGAUAAAGGAAUCGGUACAUUCAGUCUAGACGGGAAAAUGAUUGAUCUUCCAAUGCUAAAAUGGGCCGAAAAAAUUAUUGCACGCGCUAAAGCUGGAGGAGUGACUAUACCUACUCCACCACCAAUUGAAAAUGAUAAUACUAGUCGAUACAUUAAUGGUCGGACAACAGGAUACAUAAUAGUGGGACCGAAAGGUCUCCUACAACAGGAUAAUAGUGUGACCGAAAGUGAUGUAGUGCGGACUACUGAUGCCUUUCGCAGGUCACCUAUUCCCGAAUGGGCGAUGUGUGAAGACAUUGGUAGCUUAGUUAGUAUACUGUCGGUGCAAAACACUGGUGCCUUUCGCAGGUCACCUAUUCCCGAAUGG